CCGGGCCCGCGCCAGCGCCACCGUCCGGUCCGCCAGCCAGCCAGCACGGCCGCGCCGCCGGCGAGCGAUCCGUGCGCGACGCGCAGAGGACUGGGAAUGGGGCUUCGGGCGCUGGGCGCGCUCCGAACCUGGCGCACUUAAAAGCCGAGAAGCGCCAGGAGCAGCCCCGCUGCCCGGAGCCCCAUAGCCCAGGACGGGGAGAUGCUGGAAGCUCAGCCGCCUGUCCCCGGAGGAGCCACCGCCCUCGGGAUCCCCCCGCAUGGUGCGCGUCUGGGCCACCAGCGCCUGGAGAAAACGGCGCCCCCUACGUCCGACCCGCGCGUCCCGGGCAGCGCCGCGGGAGCCCUCUAGGCGACCGCAGGGCCAAAGCAGCUCCGCCGCCGGUGCCCCCUCGGAAACCAUGACCCCCGGCGCGGGCCCAUGGAGAUAUGGCCUAUAGGGUCCUGGGCCGCGCGGGGCCACCUCAGCCGCGGAGGGCGCGCAAGCUGCUCUUCGCCUUCACGCUCUCGGUCUCCUGCACUUACCUGUGUUACAGUCUGCUGUGCUGCUGCGACGACCUGGGCCAGAGCCGCCUACUUGGCGCGCCUCGCUGCCUCCGCGGCCCCAGCGCGGGUGGCCAGAAACUUCUCCAGAACUCCCGCCCCUGCGAUUCCCCGGGGCUGCCGCCCAGCGAGCCCAACGUUCCCACCGCGCCCGGCGCCGCCGUGCCCGCCCCUCGCCUCUCCGCUUCCAACCACUCCGGCUCACCGAAGCUGGGUACCAAGCGGCUGCCCCAAGCCCUCAUUGUGGGCGUGAAGAAGGGGGGCACCCGGGCGGUGCUGGAGUUCAUCCGCGUGCACCCUGACGUGCGGGCCUUGGGCACGGAGCCCCACUUCUUCGACAGAAACUACGGCCGCGGUCUGGACUGGUACAGGAGCCUGAUGCCCAGGACCCUGGAGAGCCAGAUAACGCUGGAGAAGACACCCAGCUACUUCGUCACCCAAGAGGCCCCGCGACGGAUCUUCAACAUGUCCCGAGACACCAAGCUCAUUGUGGUGGUGCGGAACCCCGUGACCCGCGCCAUCUCGGAUUACACCCAGACGCUCUCCAAGAAGCCCGACAUCCCCACCUUCGAGGGCCUCUCCUUCCGCAACCGCACCCUGGGCUUGGUGGACGUGUCGUGGAACGCCAUCCGCAUCGGCAUGUACGUGCUGCACCUGGAGAGCUGGCUGCAGUACUUCCCCCUGGCUCAGAUCCACUUUGUCAGUGGCGAGCGACUCAUCACUGACCCCGCCGGCGAGAUGGGGCGGGUCCAGGACUUCCUGGGCGUUAAAAGGUUCAUCACGGACAAGCACUUCUACUUCAACAAGACCAAAGGAUUCCCUUGCCUGAAAAAAACAGAAUCGAGCCUCCUGCCUCGAUGUCUGGGCAAAUCAAAAGGGAGAACUCAUGUACAGAUAGAUCCUGAAGUGAUAGACCAACUCCGGGAAUUUUAUAGACCUUAUAAUAUUAAAUUUUAUGAAACUGUUGGGCAGGACUUCAGAUGGGAGUAAGCCACGGAGAUUCAAGGACUCUCAUCUUCCGUGAGGUUUACGCUUGGAGCCUGUAAUCUAACAAACGUGGGCUCCAGCCCCUUUCCCGCCUUGGGUUCCAUCGUUCUAGAACAGGGGUGCCCAUAUAAGACCAAGAGACCAGGGGUUCCUGCCACUAGCUCUCCCCAGCCUGUCAAAGCAAAGUUGAUCUGCUUCUGGUGUAUUAGGUCAAUUUCAGAAUCACUCUUCCUUCAGCCUAUAAGAGGCCAUGGGAAAUUGCUUUAGGAAGAGUGCAUCUUCUGAUAAUGAUAGAUACUUUAAGUGGUGAUAGUUCUGUUGCAAUGAACACCACAGUCUGUCCUUGUAACUGUCCACCCCAGAGUGGGAUUGUUCAUUCCAAGCGGCAUGUACCUUCCCUCUGAGCUUAACUUCCCUGAGCCGCCCUGGGUGUUGGGAUGGGAGACCCAUCCUUGGUCCUCCCAAGACCUUAGCAGCUCAUCAAGAAAUUGCAAAGCAGGAGGCACCUCUGGCCAUUCCUAAGAGGUGGACAUUUUGGUGAUGAAAUAAGUCAGUGAUUUCAAAGCUGUGGUCUCAACUGUGCUUAAAAGGGUACUGUCUUUGAAAACCACUUUGUGACAUCCCCUCCUCCCUCUGGACAAAAGCACAUAAUUCUUCUGUUACGGGUACUUUCCUUACGCGAGCUUUCAUGUUCAGCAUGCGAUUAAAUCAUGCUUGUCCAUGUGAAAUAAA